AUGACGGAUAAGAAGAUAGUGCGCAAAGGGCCGCUGCCUGGGGGUCGCCGGGGCGCGUCUGAAGCUGGCGCUGGACGCGGCAGCGUGCGGGCCGCCAGCCGAGCGCGAGGAGCUGCACGGUCACCUAGCAGCCCUCCGCAUCCAUCAUCCCCACCAGAAGGCUUGGUGUCGGCUGGGUCUUCUCGGACUCAGCAAGCGGCACCCGCCGCUGGUGGAGCACGUCGCAUGCGUUGGUCACAAGCAAUGAAUGCAAACGCACUGCGGGCGUACUUUAGGGCAAAAGGGGAAGAAACUGGAUGUUUGGCGUAUCGGGCUAGGAUGCAUCGUCUUUUUGCUGAGCUGGAGCCAUCUUUAACCGUCACAGAGCAAAACCUGGCAGACCGAGUUCGGUAUAUCUUGCGCUCAAAUAUAUUUGAUGUCGCCGAACUCGAACGGCUACGACGUGAGGCUGUUCCCUCGUCGGAUGAGAAUGCUACGGCUGAGGAUGCGGCGCUACAAAUGGUAGAGCAACCCGCAAACGUGGAUGCCGCCGUGAAUACCCCAGUUGUGGUUGAUUCAAACGAUGAUGUAACAGUCGUCCAGGAACUGGAAUUAGAGCAUAUGAGGAGUACAUUGGAAGAGGCGAUUGUGGAAACGCGCAGUACGCCUCUCGAAAAUCGACCGCGACUUCCCCGCAUAGCCCUAAGCAAGCGGAAUCGGGCUGUCGUGAGGGCUCUGAACCCAAUGCUGGUGACCUAUUUGGAAGCCAGCCGGGACCUUUGCGAGACGGACUCAAUUCUUUUUGGCGCCGCGCUGGCAGUCUGCCGUAUCAUAGGCGCCAAGGUUUCCACGGCUGGACGCGCUACUGGGCAUAGUAGCGCUAUCCCAGCAUGGAGAAGAAGAAUUGAGGAACGUAUCGCAAAGGCUAGAGCUCUCAUCGGCAGACUGAUAUGCUUCAGAUCAGGCAACAACAGGCCAAGAAUUGUGCGCACCGUCAGGAUGGCGUUUGCUUGGACAAAUGUCAGUUUGUCCCAGCCGGAUAUAACGCAAAAACUGACGGAGCGCAUAGAUGAUCUGAAGCAGAGAAUCGCUGCUUGGGGAAAGCGGAUUCGGCGAUAUACCGGUGGUCAGAGCCCGUAA